AAAUAGAUGAAUUUUUUAAAGAUAUACAAGGAGCGAUGCAAAUAACAAAUAUAAAUGGAAAUAGUAAGAAGAUAUGAAGCAUCAUUUUCCAAUCAAUCAACGGCUGAGGAAUAUCUACGUAAAUGAAGAAAGUCAAUGUGUUUACCUAGAAUUUAUCUGAAAGUCUAGUUUUGCAAGAGGAAUAAAGAGGGAAGGAGGUUCACAUUUGCGACAACUCUCAGGACAUGAACAUGAGAGUCGCAAGCUGAUAUAAACUGUGUGUUCGAGCUCACAAGCAAUUUUUUUUUUUUUUUUUGAUAACUCGUCUCGACAUCCGCGAAAGUUUUAAUUUUUGUCGUCGAUGAAAUUAUAUACUGGUAUUUGAUCAUCUAAAAUGGCUUCCUUGAUCCACGAUUCAAUUAAGCAGAAUCAUAGGAACAUCAGGAUUUGAUACAGAUUAAAAUUAUGAUGAGCCCACAGGCAAACACAAACAAUAUAAUAAUAACAAUGCCAGCAUCAAGUCACAACUGCAGUAACAAGGAAGGAACUUGUGCAAGUAGAGAUCACAUGGAAUGCAAUGGCAACGCGCCCGUUUCGAAAAAUCCCAUCGACUUAAGCGAAAAUUUGGAGUUCUGGAUGACUCGACUACCGCUCAAGCUCCAGACACUACCAAUCAUUCAAUUAGCCAUUCCCGGUUCUCAUAACAGCAUGACGUACACAAUCGAGCCGGGUAAUGAUAUCGGGCCGGAUGAAACGCCGUCUAUUCAAAUGCUCGGCCGCUGCCUAUCCAUACUAAUGCGACCGAUAGUUUUCAAUUGGUCUGUUAAUCAAGAAAUCAGCGUCAGAGAACAGCUUGAUGGUGGCAUACGAUAUUUGGAUUUAAGAGUUGCGGUCAAAACGAGCGAAGAUAAGAUAUAUUUUCUCCACGGAUUGUACGGCGCUGAGAUAAGCCAACCACUCCAAGAUGUUGCCGAUUGGUUGUCAACGCAUCCAAAUGAAAUCAUAAUUCUUGACUUUCAACAUUUUUACAAAUUCAACUACCAGCAUCACGCAAGCUUAAUUGAAUUUAUAAAACAAGUAUUUGGCAGAAAAUUGUGCCCCGUUUUUAACAAAUUAGAUCAUUUGAGUCUGCAAUGGUUAAAUAAAGAAGCAUAUCAAGUAUUUGUAAUUUAUCGUAAUAUUGCUGCUCGCAAUUAUAAUUAUUUAUGGCCAAGUGGUGCUUGGUCAACACCGUGGCCAAACACUGUCAACACGUCUACACUUGUCAAUUUUUUAAACGAAAGUUUACAAGCUCGAGAUCCAAGAAUCGGUUACGUAUCCCAAUGUCUCCUAACACCCAACGCUGCAUACGUAAUUAAACACAUAUGUGGAAAUUUACAUCGCGACUUGUGCCCAAAAUGUCGAAAAGUUACUUUGUCGUGGAUAAAAAAACACGCACCUGGUAAUGGAGGCAUGAACAUUGUUAUAACAGAUUUUGUAUCUCUGGACAACUUUAUAUUCUCGAAAACUGUUAUACAACGAAAUAUGCAACUUUUGUAUCCUGCCAUUUCUUGUAAUAAUUAAUAUUUAUUAUUAAUAAAAUUUAUAUUAAGUAACAGUUCGAAAA